AUGGCGACUAAGCUCGCAGCGCUCGUCGUCUUGGCCGCGUUCCUCGCCGGGCCGGCGGCGUGCGAGGGCGCCAGCAUUUGCUUCAACGGCUGGCUGAGGCUACCCACCUACAACCCGUGGCUCUGUUCUCGCGGCUCCAGGACGAGAAGCCUUCCGUGGCAGCGGGGGCGUUCUCCCUCGGGGUUAGGGCUCGGCCACGGCUACUACGACAACAGGUGGUCGAGGUCGUACUGCCCCAGAGCGGAAGGGAUUGUGAGGGGUGCCGUGAGGGACGCCGUGGCCGCGUACCCUGGCAUUGGUGCGGGGCUCAUCCGUCUCUUCUUCCACGACUGCUUCGUUCGGGGGUGCGAUGCUUCCGUCCUCCUCACGACGACCAACUCCAAUAACAGCGACACGGAGAGGGAAGGCCUUCCGAACAAGAACAGCCUGCGAGGGUUCGAGGUGAUCGACGCGGCCAAGGCGGCGAUCGAGGCCGCCUGCCCCGGCAAGGUCUCGUGCGCCGACAUUGUCGCCUUCGCCGCCCGCGACGCGUCCUACUUCCUCAGCAACCGCAGGAUCAACAUCCGGAUGCCGGGUGGCCGCUACGACGGGCGCGAGUCCUUCGCCAACGAGACCGACCAGCUGCCCGGGCCCUUCUCCAAUGUCACGGAGCUCCAGGCGAGUUUCGCGGCCAAGGGGCUCACCUCAGACGAGAUGGUCACGCUC